AAUGUUUUAAAACAUAAUUUAUGUGGCUAACCUCAAAUAUUCGAAAUUUGGCACCGUUGGAUGCGUCCAAAAUCCACAUUUCAUUCUGGCUGUUGUGACUUGUGGAACGGAAAAUAAAUCCUGUUCCUUUUCAAGUAGUUUUCACGUGAUUCAAUUUUUUAGAAUUAGGAUUAGGUCGUUUUUAGUGAGAUGGGUGGUUAUAAGUAUGUACAGGAGGUGUACAGAAAAAAGCAAAGUGAUGUAUUACGCUAUUUACUCCGUGUCCGAGUAUGGCAGUACAGACAAAUGACCCGUGUCCAUCGUGCUCCACGUCCAACUAGACCUGAUAAAGCUAGGCGUUUAGGCUACAAGGCUAAACAAGGAUUUUCUAUAUUUAGAGUUCGUGUGAGGCGUGGUGGACGUAAACGUCCGGUACCCAAAGGUGCUACUUAUGGCAAACCCAAAAGCCAUGGAGUUAAUGAACUGAAACCUAAACGAUGUCUUCAAUCAAUUGCUGAGGAAAGAGUAGGACGUCGUUGUGGUGGAUUACGAGUUCUUAAUUCUUAUUGGGUAGGACAAGAUGCUAUAUUUAAGUUCUAUGAAGUAAUCACUGUUGAUACAGCUCAUCCAGCCAUCCGUAGAGACCCAAAAAUCAAUUGGAUUUGUAAUGCUGUGCAUAAACACAGAGAAUUACGUGGAAAAACAUCUGCUGGUCGCAAAUCCCGAGGUCUUGGAAAAGGUCAUGGAUUCUCACAGACAAAUGGUGGAUCAAGAAAAGCAUGUUGGAAACGCAAGAAUACUUUGCAAUUACACAGAAAACGAUAAACACAUUUUUAAUAUAUACUGUUUUGUAUUAUGCUUUAUUAAACAGCAUUGUAUAUGUUAAUAAAAUGGUGUUUAUUUUACAAA